AUGGCGUCAAUGCGGCGUCCAUACGGCGAUCAGCGGCGACCCCACUGCGACCCCACUGCGUUCUUAGCGUUUCUACCACGACCUUACCGCGUGCAUGGCGUUCCCACGGCGACUGCAGGGCGACCCAACGGCGUCCUCGCUGCGAAGGAAGUAAAAGGGGCACGACGAUUUACCGCAAAACACCCAAAACUACCCCAAAACACCCAAAACUACCCCAAAACACCCAAAACUACCCCAAAACACCCAAAACUACCCCAAAACACCCACAACUACCCCAAAACACCCAAAACUACCCCAAAACACCCAAAACUACCCCAAAAUACCCACAACUACCCCAAAAUACCCACAACUACCCAAAAACACCCCCAAAACACCCAAAACUACCCCAAAACACCCAAAACUACCCCAAAACACCCACAACUACCCCAAAACACCCACAACUACCCCAAAACACCCACAACUACCCCAAAACACCCACAACUACCCCAAAACACCCACAACUACCCCAAAACACCCACAACUACCCCAAAACACCCAAAACUACCCAAAAACACCCACAACUACCCCAAAACACCCACAACUACCCCAAAACACCCACAACUACCCCAAAACACCCACAACUACCCCAAAACACCCACAACUACCCCAAAACACCCACAACUACCCCAAAACACCCACAACUACCCCAAAACACCCACAACUACCCCAAAACACCCACAACUACCCCAAAACACCCACAACUACCCCAAAACACCCACAACUACCCCAAAACACCCACAACUACCCCAAAACACCCACAACUACCCCAAAACACCCACAACUACCCCAAAACACCCACAACUACCCCAAAACACCCACAACUACCCCAAAACACCCACAACUACCCCAAAACACCCACAACUACCCCAAAACACCCACAACUACCCCAAAACACCCACAACUACCCCAAAACACCCACAACUACCCCAAAACACCCACAACUACCCCAAAACACCCACAACUACCCCAAAACACCCACAACUACCCCAAAACACCCACAACUACCCCAAAACACCCAAAACUACCCCAAAACACCCAAAACUACCCCAAAACACCCAAAACUACCCCAAAAUACCCACAACUACCCAAAAACACCCACAACUACCCAAAAACACCCACAACUACCCCAAAACACCCACAACUACCCCAAAACACCCAAAACUACCCCAAAACACCCAAAACUACCCCAAAACACCCAAAACUACCCCAAAACACCCCCAAAACACAACAAAACUAACCAAAAACACCCAAAACUACCCAAAUGCACCUUCAAAUCUAAUUUAUUGA